UGACAGUAACCUACAAGGUUUAAGCAGGCUCCGGGGAUCUACUGACCCUACAGAGAUUCCAACUGUUGAUCUAGUACAUGUGUGGUGCAUGCCAAGCACCGCCAAUGUUGGACCACAAGAGAUGCCUAGAAAUUUGGGCACUGUGAUUCUUAUGCACGUGAAAAGAAGAAGAAAGGAUAGUAUCAAUCCUCAUCCCGGCAUUGCAGGGGCCAGGGAGGCUAUUUCUUUUUGAUCUUAUUACCUAUGUUGCAAUAAAGUUGAACGGUUUUUGUACUUUGCAGUUCUUACAUCUAAUGACGAGUUGUUUGUUUCAUUUAAUAUGCUUAUGCUUGCCUUGUAGCUGAAAACUUGUUAGUUUUCGUGGAAACUUUUCGAUGUGAAAGAUGGAUAUGGUACAAUCAUUUUGUGUAUACCAGCUGCAGGCGGGAAAAAAUGCAUUUGUGCAUUCAUGAUUAUCCUUUUAGUGUAAAUCUUCUGGCUGGUAGAAAUGAAAGAGAAAGUGUGCAAAUUGCUCUACGUCCAAAAAUCUCUUGGGGUAGUUCUGGUGUUGCAGGGAUUGUGCAGCUCCAAUGUAGUGACUUGUGCUCCUCGACAGGGGAUAGGUUGGCUGUUGGACAAUCAUUAACGUUGAGGCGUGUUGUGCCCAUAUUAGGUGUCCCAGAUGCUCUUGUUCCCCUUGACCUUCCUGUUAGUCAGAUAAGCCUACAACCAGGUGAAACAACUGCUGUUUGGGUUUCCAUAGAUGUUCCCAGUUCACAGCCCCCUGGUCUGUAUGAAGGGGAGAUCAUUCUAACUGCAGCAAAAGCAGAUGCAGAGUCAUUGAAAUGCUCAGGAAAAGCUGAGAAACAUCAAGUAUACAAAGAACUUGGGAACUGCCUUGACAUUUUAGGGUUCAUUGAUGGAAAACCAUUGGACAGAGUGGUAGAAAGAGUCACAUCUGCAACUACAUCGUUAAGAAGAGUUCUUCAAUCUCCAUUAUUUGGUGAGUUCUUUUCAGAUAAUGGUCCAGUUGAUAUGAUGGAUGAAGACGCUAUUUCAAACCUUUCUGUUCGUGUGAAGCUAAAUAUAACAGUUUGGGACUUCAUUCUUCCCAUAACGCCUUCACUUCCUGCUGUAUUUGGUAUAUCUGAUACUGUAAUUGAGGAUCGUUUUGGCGUUGAACAUGGAAGUGAGGCAUGGUAUGAGGCAUUGGAUCACCAUUUCAAGUGGUUACUUCAAUAUAGAAUCAGCCCAUACUUUUGUAGAUGGGGUGACAGCAUGCGCGUUUUGACAUACACGUCCCCAUGGCCAGCCAAUCAUCCAAAAUCAGACGAAUAUUUUUCAGACCCACGUCUAGCAGCAUAUGCUGUACCAUAUAACCAAGCAGUCUUCGGUAAUGAUGCGGCGAAGGAUUACUUGCAGAAGGAAGUUGAGAUCCUGAGGAUGAAAGAUCAUUGGAAGAAAGCUUAUUUUUACUUGUGGGAUGAGCCAUUGAAUUUGGAGCAUUAUGAUUCUGUUCGCAACAUGGCUAGUGAGAUUCAUGCUUAUGCUCCUGAUGCCCGUGUUUUAACUAGCUAUUAUUGUGGACCUAGUGAUGCACCUCUUGGACCCACGCCUUUUGAGGCUUUCGUAAAAGUUCCAAACUUCCUGCGCCCUCACACUCAAAUUUAUUGUACUAGUGAGUGGGUGCUCGGUAAUCGAGAGGAUUUGGUCAAGGAUAUUCUUGUUGAAUUGCAACCGGAGAAUGGUGAGGAAUGGUGGACAUAUGUAUGCAUGGGGCCAUCUGAUCCACAUCCCAAUUGGCACCUUGGGAUGCGAGGUACACAGCAUCGUGCUGUGAUGUGGCGUGUAUGGAAAGAAGGCGGAACUGGAUUUUUAUAUUGGGGUGCCAACUGCUAUGAGAAGGCAACUGUUCCCAGUGCUGAGAUACGAUUUAGGCGUGGACUGCCUCCAGGUGAUGGAGUUUUGUUCUAUCCUGGAGAGGUGUUUUCAUCUUCACAUCAACCAGUUGCUUCACUAAGACUAGAGCGCAUUCUGAGUGGACUGCAGGACUUUGAGUAUCUGAAGCUGUAUGCCACGAAAUAUGGUAGAGAUGAAGGGAUUGCCUUGUUAGAAAGGACGGGUAUGUAUCUAGGUCCUGAACGAUACACGCAUGAGCACACUCCAAUUGAUAUGAUGCGAGGUGAAGUCUUCAAUAAUUGCAGAGCUUGAAUGGUUCUUAGCCUACCAGGCAUUUCCUUAAAAAAGAUUUUGCAUCCUCUGGAUCAAAAUCAAAUGGUUAGAUGAGAUCAUGGUCCAAGUGCAAAUGUGUACCAACACGUACUUAAGCUUAUGCGAAGAUGGUGGUUUUGAUGGUGCCAAUGUCAAAGUGAUUCUGAGAAUCAUUGCGUCCACGUCUCAACCAGACAAGGAUCUAUCCUGGUAUGAUGUGUUCUCUCAUCAGCCCCUGGAAUUGUGCUUUCUUAGAUAUCCAGAGUCGGAUACCUGUGAAUUUUGCUGUGUAUAUAUAUUUCUGGAAGUCAGCUGUUAUAUGUUGGUCCAAAUGCAUUAGUUGUUUUAUGCACAAAUUAUUUAGAGAUGCACAAUUGUGCAAGAUAUUCGUUUUACUUGUAUUGUGUUAUGUCGUUUCCUGAGAAACGAGAGGAAUAUCUGAAUGUCUAGAAACCGUUUCUUGUUCCUUGCUGUGAAAA